CCCAGCUCGUGCCAGCUCCCAGCUCCCAGACCCCCUCCCCCAAUCAACCAGACCUCAGAGAUCUCCCACUCCCCUUCCUCAGCCGCUGGCUCUCUCUCUCCCUCCCUUUUCCUGACCCAGCCUCUCCCACCAGCUUCGAUUGACGCCCAGUAGCUUGGACAUGCUCGCACCAUACCCGGGCUCAAACCCGAACCGCGCGCCCACUGCAUCAUCAUCAUGCCCUUUCUAACGGAGUACCCUCACCUCCCUUCUCCUACUCGCUCCUCCUGCUUGCUUUCUGUGCCUUUUCUCCUGAAGUCCCACUAGUCUUACCUGCCCUGCGCCCUGACGUUUGCCAGAAGCUCCUCCCCAGGUGUCUCUCAGCCGUACUCACGUUCUCCCUCGACCUACCUCUCCUGUCUUUGUUCUUGACUUUCCUCCUUCCAAAUUCUGUCCACCUUGUCAUCCCGUGAACGCUUUUGUGCCUCUUCCAGCUGCCUCUAUUUUCACAUCACCCCAACUUGGUCAAUAUCAACCUUCAGAAUGCCUCGAAGAAGACGCCAAGACGACGAGGAGGAGGAAGAGGAGGAAGAGCUCCAAGCUCUGCCUAGCGACGAAGAGGAAGAGGAAGAAGAAUAUGAAGACUCUGAGGUCGAUGACGACGAAGAAGGAGACGAGGAGGAAGAAGAAGAGGAGGUAGAGGGCGAAGAGGAAGAGGAAGUCGAGGAAGUGGAAGCCGCACCUCCAAAGAAGCGCAAAGCUGAUACCGAUGCUACCGAACCGGUUGCCAAGAAGACCAAGAAAACUGAAGAGAACGGCGAAGAAGACGAGGACAAGGAUGAGGAGGCUGAGAACGAGGCUCCCGAAGAUGACGCUGACGAGCAAGAGCAGGAGGAAGAUGAGCCUGCGGUCAAGACGAAGGUCGUCAAAGGCUCAGAGAGCAAGACAGCCGCUGCCGAAGCCGAGACUGAACAUCUUGACGACGAAGACUAGUCAGGCUUCACCAAGGGUCUUGAUCAGGGUGGCUAUUUUCGGCUUGAUCUUGGAAAAAUCCUCGUGCAGAUAGAGAAAAGAGAGAAUCACAGUGUUCUGGCAUGGACGAACAAAAUCUGUUGCCUAUUUGCAUUCAACUGUAAAGGAUCGUGGGUUCACCUCGCGACCCUUUCGAUAUUGACCUCUCUUCGUUCACAAAAUUGUACAAGACGAGCACUCUUAAGUUAGAUGCAUUCAAAACCUGGAAUACCGUG